GCUGGGGGCAGAUAUCAGUGCACGAGUGUUUAGUGGACAAGCAAGACGCGCGUGGCAUCGCGCUGAUUCAAAAUUUUUUUUUAUGAUCUGAGUGAUACCAUUGGAAAUUAUGCAGAUUAAGGAUAAAAAAGCGAUUAUCAUCGGCCCAGUCGACCGAUUGGGAAUUGCGUUCUGUCGGGAAUUGCUCAGGAAUGGAGCAGGAAGUAUUGUUAUCCUGGACGACGAAAAAUCGGCUGCUAAAGAAUCCGUUGAAGAGAUAAAUCGAGAGUUCGGGCAGAAGAGGGUAAUCUGGAUCGCCUGUGACAUUUCUAGAAACGAACUAGAUGCUGCAUUCAAAGAAGCUGUGAAAACUCUCGAGGGACUUGACAUUCUCAUCAAUAACACUGAUCUGAUAGACGAGGCUGACAUUAUGAAAGCCGUCGACGUCAACGUCACCGCUGUCAUUCGAGGAAGUCUUCUGGGAGUUCAACAGAUGGGGAAAGACCUCGGGGGCAGAGGUGGAAUCGUAGUCAACGUUGUCUCUGUCCUGGGCCUCGAACCAGUACCACAAUUACCUGUUUAUUCCACCACUAAACAGGCGGUCGUUAGUUUCAGCAGAUCAUUAGCUCAACCGUAUCACUACCAGAGGACUGGAGUGAAGAUAAUAGUCCUCUCCCCCGGCGUCUCCGGAUCAUCUCUAGAAAGUCUGGAAGCCCCAGAGUCUCCGAUCGCAGCUUUGGGAUGUGUGACAAUCCACCCUCAAAAGGUUGAGACAGUCGCUCAUGGAUUAGUUUAUGCCCUCCGCUGUGCGCAGAAUGGCAGCAUCUGGGUCUCCGAAGAUGGUCAGCCAGUCUACGAGAUCCAGCUUCCAGACGUUCUACCCCAGAAGCAAAAUGACGCGGAUUUAUGCGACUUCGAGACUCUCGGUGAUCCCCUCUUUUCGCGAGGACGCGCACGUCUGCCAUUCGAAUCACGCGUCUUCGUCGAGAGGAAGGGAAGAAUACCCUCCAGACACUCCAAAUCUAUUAUCAUAAUGGAAUCUCCGGUUAUUAAAAGCCGUCGCGCUUCCGCCGAGGAAAAAGCCAAGGAGUUGGAGAUAAUUCGGGGUCUAGUCUGUGGGAAAAAUGUUUUGAUAACCGGUGGAGCUGCAGGACUUGGCUAUUCCUUCGUCAAUCAUUUUCUCCAGAAUGGAGCUAAUACUGUCAUCAUCGUCGACGUUGAUGCUGCAGCUGGUGAACGCGCUGUCAAAGCUGUUGCCAAGUCCUAUGGGGAGAGGAAAAUUAUCUUCAUCCAUGCAGACACAGCCAACUACUCUCAAACCCUCGCGGCUUUUGAACAUGUCUCGACGAUGGUCGACAGCAUUGACAUUGUUGUCAACAACGCUGGAAUUCUGGAUGAGAGAAGGUGGGAACGCGAAAUCGCUGUAAAUAUCGGUGGAAUGAUAACAGUAGCAAGUCUGGCGAUGCGAUUCAUGAGCAAAGAUCAAGGAGGUAAUGGCGGUGUUCUCGUGAAUAUCGCCCAGUAUUUCGAUUUCAAAUGGACCGCACAAUUGCCCGUCUACACCGCCACAAAGUACGCUAUCAUCGGAUUGUCUCAGUCCCUCGGGGCGCCUUAUCACCAUGAGCGGACUGGUGUGCGGGUGAUGGCUCUUUGCCCUGGUCUCACCGAGACUGCCCUCACCAUCGACAGCCCCAAUCGACUUCUAUCCAGGGUCAUGAAGGCUGAUUUUGUCAAGAAUCUUGACCAACUGCCCAUUCAAACUCCUUUCAUCGUGUCCGAGGGGUUGAUGUCGAUUCUCAAGUGCGGGGACUCUGGCAGCAUCUGGGCAGUGGAAAAUGGCAAAACUCCCUUCGAGAUCUCAACCCCCUAUUACAAAACCCUGAAGAGACGAUACAAGAACAACUUCGUUGUCAGUGAAACUGUGGAGAAAGAGAGAGGACGUCCGUUGCGAGAAAUCUGUGAUAAUCUACCCGCAGGACUCGCUGGUUGCGCUUAAAGAAUAAAUUUAUCCUUAAGAUGGAACGUUGAGAAUGGAAAAUUUCUAGUCUGUAUUAAUAUUUUCUGGUGGAAAACACUCGCGUGAGGGAGAAUUACUCUUGUGCCUGCACUGACCGAAGAGACUGCACGAAUUGUAAAUAUUUAUCAUAAGGCAAUUUUUGUAUAUAAAACACAUCGAAGGAAUAAAAAAUACAUGAAUAAAUGAAUAAAUGAAAGCAGUUUAAUUAAU